AUGAUUAGCCAAAAACUCGAUCCACAGUCCAGAAAGGAAUGGGAACUCUACAUAGGAGAUGUUUCACAAGAAUUACCUAAACUAAGUCAAUUUAAUGAUUUUUUGGAACAUAGAUAUAGGGCAUUGGAGUUUAUAGAUCCAAAAAUGAAUAAACAAUACACUCGUAAUAAUGAUAUAAAGGCACUUCAUGUCUCAAAUGCAAUCUCUUGUGGUUAUUGUUCUGGAGACCAUAAAUUAUAUAAUUGUAAAAAGUUUGCUAAUGAAGAUGUUCACUCACGUCGUAAUUUUGUCCAACUUAAAAGGUUAUGUUUUAAUUGUCUCGGACUGAAUCACUCGGUAUAUUCGUGUCGACAGUCUACCAGAUGUCGUAUAUGUAAGAGAAAACACCAUUCUCUUCUGCAUACUAUGGAACCUUCUAGAUCAGAUGAGGAGAUCAAAGCUGUUAAGUCGGUUAGGGAAGUUUCAUCAACCUCCUCACAAAGCGAGACCAAUAAUGUAAUUUCUUGCCAUUCAAAUAUUUUUAGCCAAGUUUUACUUGCAACUGCUAUGGUAAAAAUUAAGGCGAGGAAAGGUAAUUUUAUACUGUUUAGAUCUUUAUUAGAUCAAGGAUCGCAGGCGUCAUUUAUUACUGAAGCUGCAGUCCAAAUGUUAGGGUUAAGAAAAAUACCUAAUAGGAGUAUCAUAUCAGGGAUAGGUGGAGAGGAAGAAUCUAAACUUUCUUCAAAAGCGAUGGUAAUAGUAAAUAUACAGUCUCGCACUAAUCCUAAUUUUAUUAUCACGGUUAAGGCUCAUGUUCUGAGUAAAUUGACCGCUCUCCUUCCAGAGAAAAAUGUCACAGUGGAAAUGAUUACGACACUUCCGUCUACAGAGUUAGCAGAUCCGUCAUUUAAUAUUCCAAAUAAGAUAGAUUUGCUACUAGGGGCAGAUGUUUAUGGCCAGAUAUUGUUAGAAGAUGGUUGCGAUUCAGUGUGGGCUGUAAAGCUUCUGCCGGUGUCUAAAAGCAUACCAAGUACGCCAUUGUAUUCACCAGCGAGCGUCGGUAACAUUUGUUUCUUAUAUAGCCGUAGGAAAGCGAUC